GUGUGUGUUUGUUAGUUCCGCUUAAGGCCACACUCAGGACACACACACUCUAACAAAACCUUAAUUUAUGGGCGAACUAGGUCGUUUGAGAAAGAGAGAGUGAGAGGGACAGUCCGGGAGAAGUGAAACAUAGUGUGGGUGGAGGAAAAACUGGAGGAACUGGAGAGAAGAGGAAGAAAACGGAGAGAAAACAAGAGCAAUGUCAUUUCCUACAAGCCACACCACCACCACCUCACCUCCCCAAGAUGGCGUCAGUGAGAAGAAAAUUUUUAUAAACACAGCGCAUCUUAAAAUUUAUGAAGGAAAACUUAAGAUUGCACAUUUGAUAGUCGCAGUGAUAGUCUUCAUCUCAGUAAUGGCGUCAGACUAUCCCAGAAGCAGCCCAGCCAAUUGGAUAUCUUUCGUUUCAAUGGCAGCGUUCUGGACGAGUGCUGUUCUGCUGUUCCUGCACUGCAUCAACGCUGUGGUUCUGCUGUCCGUGGUGCCCUGGGGUCUCCUGGAGUUAGGCUACACAUGCAUCUGGACCUUCUUCUGGUUCGUCUCUGGCUGUGUGGCCGCCGACUACGCCAGCCAGGGGGCAGGGGACGCCUUUGCAGUGGCCGCCUUCUUCAGCUUCGUGGGAAUGAUAAUAUUUGGCUUCAACGCUUUCAUUUAUUAUAAAAAGUGGCGGGAGGGGGCCCUGUCCGCCAACCAGCCCCCGCGCACCACCACCACCACCACCACCACGCCGCCACAACCCCCCAACGUUGACGUGCCUAAAUAUUAAAGGAAUGACUUGUGUGUUGUUCCUUUAGUUUUUUUUUUUUUUUUUUUUUUGUCAUUUAUAUAUUUUUUUUAGUUAUUUUUUAUUGUUUUUGUUAUUACUGUUUUUUUCGAGUGUUAGAAGAAUUUUUUAUUUUUUUUUAUUUAAUUGUUCAUUAUUAUUAUUAUUAUUAUUUUUAUGGUCAAUACAUUAAAGAAACUUACAUUUUCUUUUUAUUAUGUUAAUGUUUAUUUAUUUCUUGGUUGAUUUCUCGCCAUUGUAUUAAAAAGGACGUUUAUUUUUAUUUAAUUAUUAUUAUACUCAAUUUUUUUAACGCAAAUAUUAAAGGAACGAUAAGUACUUUCCUUUAGGUUUUGUAUUUUUCUUUAUUAUUAUUAUUAUUAUUAUUAUUAUUAUUAUUAUUAUUAUUAUUAUUAUUAUUAUUAUAGUGAAGAUCUGCAUAUUUGUUUAUUGUUCACAUUUCAUUCAUGUCAAGUUAGGGGGAGGGGGGUAGCAUUUUGAAUGGACCAAUCAGAAGCUCCAUACAAGCAGAGGGGGCGGAGCUUCCUCGCCAACCUAACUUUGAACGAUGCCUAUAUCAUAUUCUGAUUUAUUAUUAUUAUUAUUAUUAUUAUUAUUAUUAUUAUUAUUAUUAUCGUGAUUAUUGCAGGGAAGUACUGUAUUAAUUGCAGUUAUUUGCUUAUUAUUAUUAUUAUUAUUAUUAUUAUUAUUAUUAUUAUUAUUGUUUGUGUAUGUUUGUGGUUGUGAUUAGUUUAUCCCUUUAAAUAAUAAUAAUAAUAAUAAUAAUAAUAAUAAUAAUAAUAAUCUACACGAGUUAAACAAUUACAUAGAUUAAUUAUAUAGACCAAUUAUAUACAUUUCUAAGGGACACACAUAUAUAUAUAUAUAACUAGAUAAUAAUUUUCUGCUAAUAUUAAAACAUUCUAAUUAUUUUUCUAUUCAAAUUUGCAGCUUUCUUAAAAAUACGUAAUUAUAAAAAAAAAAGUUAAAGGAACACAAAGAAAACGUGCCUUAAAAAUGUUGUAAUCUGUCGUUCCUUUAAGUAAUUCCCUUUUAUAAUACACUAAGUAAUUAUAAAAGUAGCAUUAUGUUAUUUUUCUAUUCAGUUCCCUAGUGUUGUAAAAAAUAUAUAUAUAAAAAACUAAUUAUUAUUUUUUUUGUUCGUAUUAAAAUGUUGUGUUUAUUUUUUUGUACUUAAAUUUUCAACUUUUCUAAAAUAUUUAUGUAAACACUCAGAUAUCACAAAAAAAAACAGGUGAUUGGCAACACUGUACUAUCCAGAAUAUUAAAAAAAGACUGAUUGGCAACACUGUCUUCUCAAAUAAAUAAAUAAAUAAAAUAAGUAAAUAAAAUAAAUAACUGGCAACACUUUCUUCUCAAAAUACACAAAAUAACGACUGAUUGGCAACACUGUCUUCUCAAUAAAUAAAUAAAUAAAUAAAUAAAU